GGUGUGUCAAGGGCAAGCAGCGCUGAGAAAUCGUGCAGUGUGUAUUGCUCUGUCGUGCGGCCUUGUGGAGAUGGGGAGUAGUUAAUAUCAGUUCAAAAUCUUUUCGAUUUAUAUGGGAUUAAUAAUAGCGGUUUGAUAAAGCAGAUAGAAUACCAGGUGUUGCUUGCGCCAGAUAUGGGAGGCAACAGUAGCACUCGGCGGGUCUCCUUUGAAGCGGACGAGAAUGACAACAUAACAGUGGUGAAGGGCAUUAGGCUCUCAGAAAAUGUUAUCAAUCGCAUGAGGGAGCCUGCUCCAAGUCCAACCAGCCCACCAUUAAUUCCGGAAUCUUCAGUUUCUCCUGCAGUUAAAGAAGAACAACUGAGAAAGAGAAUUUCUGACGAACUGGAAAUUGAGCGAGCAAAGAGAGACACUGACCUGCAUAAGAAGCUGGAACAGGAUAAGGCUUUUGUACGUGAAGAAAUCAGUAAAGUGCUGGAGCGAGAGCGAGCUGCUGCCAAUGAGAGCAUUUCCAGGGCUGUACUACGGGAAACAGUGACAACUGAGGAAGAGCGGCUGAAAACCAAGCGCUUUGAAACUGAAACAAAGGCCAAACAACUGGAAGAAAAGGAUCGAGAUCUGAGGAAGCAGGAUGCAUAUUACAAAGAACAAUUAGCCAGACUGGAGGAGAGGAGUGCCCAGUUCUAUAAAGUCACAACUGAACAGUAUCAAAAAUCUGUCACUGAAGUGGAGGCAAAGUUCAAGAGGUAUGAGUCCCAUCCUGUGUGUGCUGACCUCCAGGGUGAGAUCCUACGCUGUUACCAAGAGAGCAAUGGGCAGACUCUCAGCUGCUCUGCACUGGCUAGACAGUACCUGCAGUGCGUUAACAAUGCUAAACAGAGCAUGCUGAGGAAAGGAGGUUAACUUGUGCAUCAAGAAACCCUUAUCUUCUGCUUUGGCAACAUUAUUUAUCCUGAGCAACAAAACAGUUAAUAACAGUCAGGACUAAGUAAAGACACGGCAGCAGCCAAAAAGAUUCAUCUACAUUUAAUUCACAUCCAAAUUUGACUAUAAUCAAAGUAACAGAUUGUAACAGAGCAAACCAACUGAACAUGCCUAAACAAUGGUAGUUAAACAGUAUUCUUGUUUUUGAAGUGCAAACAAACUCCAUAUAUAUAUAUAUGUGUGUGUGUGUUAUUUAAAUGGGAACCUGGCAGCAGCAUCACAACAGGGAUUAUUAUAGUAGGGAUAGCAAUCUGAUACUUGCAUCCAUAAAAAGAGAAAGGUAUUUGUUUUGUCACCACUAGUACAUUAAUAGUGUUUGAAGAUCAUUUUGUUUUUGCAUGUGCGUUAUGAAGAAUUGGAUACACUGAUGUUGUAAAAUGUGAGCGCCUCCAAGUCCAAUAUGUCCAGCAGGAUUCCUACGACUGUGUCGGAACAUAUUAUACCUAAAAUAUAUUUUAAUAACAA